CUUUAAGAAGGUGCUUAAAUAAACAAUGAACAUCUCAUAUUGACAGUAUGACAUCACCGCUGUUUUUCCCAGACAGAGGCAACAUGCGCGGCGGAUGCUGGGAUCCGAGGAUGAUUUGCCAAACGUUUUAAUAUCAAUUCGCUCAUUUGAACAUCUAGAUUUUGUGAUGCUGCGUCGUUGAAGGCUUUGAUAUUACGCAGAUCAUUUUAAAACGAGUCUCUCGGUUAAUGGGAUCAUUUGGUAGCGCAUGCACGGGAUAGCGUAUCUGCAAACGCAAAAUGGGCUGGGGAUGCGUUUUUGGCACGGAGUGAACCUGUUUCCCAGCUUCAAUUGGGCUUGGAUCGGGUGAACAAGGAUUGGAUCGGAUUCAUUCACAUAUUAUACGGGAAGGGCCACGGAUGCGCGUCGCGUAUGCGUUUUCCGUCGUCGAGGCUUCACCUAGUAGAGCUCUCAUAUCCAAACGAAUUCCCCCGCACCGACUGCCAUCCAUUCUCACCGUCCGCGCGCCCGGCGGGAUGCGGGUGCACGUCAAGGAGCUGUCCAAGCUGUUGUGGUGCUGAUGCGGCUCUGAGCGAACGCGAGCAUGGCUGCUGGGAAGUUGCUGCUCUACGCUGGUCUGUCUCUCUCCCUCUGCGCGCUCGGGAUGCUGGCCGUGGCCAUCUGCUCCGAUCACUGGUACGAGACGGACGCCCGGAGGUACCGAGAGAGGUGCCGGAGUUUCUCCAGUCGACGAAAGGACCCGGGUUUUAUAUAUAUCCCCAAUAACAGCCUCCCUCUGCGGGCGAGCCGCUCUCGCCUGGACCGCUGGGAGGAGAAGCUGCUGCUGGCGCGGAACCGACGGCAGCUCUUCGCCAUGAGCGCCGCCGACGAGUGCGGCAGGCAAUAUAACUCCACCAACAUGGGGCUGUGGAGCAAAUGCCAUCGCCUUGGAUUUGAUCAGGAAAUCGAGGACCUCAUUCGGAAAGGUUCAAUCACAAGAUGCUCCUACAUCAAGUACCACUACUCCUCAGCCACAAUACCCAAGAAUCUCUCUUACAACAUCACCAAGACCAUUCGCCAGGACGAGUGGCACUCUUUGCACCUGCGGAGAAUGACGGCAGGAUUCAUGGGAAUGGCGGUGGCCAUCAUCCUGUUUGGCUGGAUCAUUGGAAUGCUGGGAUGCUGUUGGGACCGCGGCCUCAUGCAGUACGUGGCGGGACUGCUCUUCCUCAUGGGCGGUACAUUUUGCAUCAUUUCCUUGUGCACCUGUGUAGCAGGUAUUAACUUCGAGUUGUCCCGUUACCCGCGCUACAUCUACGGCCUCCCGGAUGACAUCAGUCACGGUUACGGCUGGUCCAUGUUCUGCGCUUGGGGCGGUUUAGGUCUAUCCCUCAUCGCUGGUUUCUUCUGUACACUGGCACCCUCCGUACAACCAAUUCCUCGUUCAACGUGCCCCAAGUCCCGCCAAGAAAACGGGACCGUGUGUUAGGGGCCGGGCCACCAGAAACCCCUGGGCCCUACAUGGAGCUGGACAAUGGGGGCGAAAAAAGAAACAAAGACCAUACCCGAAGAUUAAAAUCAUAUAAAAAUCAUUUCUAAUCUCACCAACCAGGCCACAAUGCCAUUUUUAACCAUGUGUCUGAAUCUACAAUUGAGUGUCCUGAUCGUUUAAAAGAAAAAAACGAGAAAAAAAUUACAAUUGUUAAAGAUGUCGGUGAGCCUUUUUGUUGUUGAGAUACUGCACAUCAAAACUUUAUUUGAAGUUGUGACAUUGUGAGCACAAAUAUAAGGAUAACAUGAAACGGAGAGGAAAAAACUUGCACAUUGUUCGACAACAGUAAAUGCUCAUGGACACAUGGAUAAAUGGAUGGAUGUUUACACGUAUAAAGAUGCCUAGAAACUGCCAAACCUCUAUGGUAUUUGUGACUGGACAGAACCACGUGUUGCUCGGUAAGCAGUGCCAAUGUUUCGAACCCAGGAGUUAAGACAUUUUAAAGCACCAGGACCAUUGGGCUCUUACACAUGACAGGACAACAACUCGGAUGGGAUUUCAAUCCGUCGUGGUAAAUUUGUGGAGUACGUCUUGGGCCGUGGAGACCUCUUACUAUGCCUCUUGGGAUCUGGCUGAAGUAUGUGUUUAUGCGUGAAUUUUAGGAAUGGGAAAUGCCUGCUCCUGAUGCUCCUGAAUGACAUUAUAUUGCUACUGCUGUACAGCGAAUUGUAAAGAAAAAAGUAAUACUUAUAAUAUCUUAGAAAAGAUAAAAUCCUAUCCGGAAAGACUUUUUUUCUUUUUUAUUUCAUUCCAUUUAUUUCUUAUUCAAAACUGGACAUUUUUAACAUCCUUAACAAUUGAUCAUGUGCUUUUUGUUUUGUAGUGUAUAGAGUUAUCAUUGUGAACAGCAAGUAGGGGGUAAAUUCUCUACCCGAUACAUGCGUGAGUGGUUUUGUGGUCUCCAUAGAAAAAAGGACAAAAAUUUCUUCUAAUGCUAAAAUAAUACAACGCAUCAAAUCAAAAACCUGCCUUGGGGGAAGUCGGCUGGGCUUUUUGCUAAACUGAGAAUUACCGGAAAAAGGAAAGAUGGCAUAUCGUGUUUUAGCGCACUUGUACACUUACUCCCCGUAGACACAUCCGACGUAGCAUCCGUAGACUGAAAGUCAACCCAACAUCUCAAUGUUACCGCCUUAAGCUUGACUAGAAGGCGGCAUUUAUUUUAUUUGAUGGGAACGCAUGCUGAUUUUCUUCAAGAAAGCCUUUCUGCGCUUAGGCGUCCUCAUUUGAAUCUUACUUCCUGUGUCUCUUAUGCAAAGCGAACUUCCAAAACAGGACGUGCCGAUUCGGAGACAGCGGUGGUGCUGGAAUAAAUCGUGACUUCAAAUAGUGAUGACGUUGAGCGAAGCACAAGCUUAAUACAAUCUCUAAGCCAACAUGAGUGGUUCCCUCAGACCAUAGUUCAAAUUGUGAUGCUCAGAUUUGAUCGUAUUCUCUUUCUUCUCGUGGCACCCAUUCGCUAUAGCUUAAUAAACUUAUUUUAAGUCAUCACAUUUGACAAAAAACACAUUUAGAAACACUAAAGCAGCCAUGUAACAGUGUGCCACAAUGUGACGCACGCACUAUGUGUCGCUGGCAGGUCAGCACAUACAUUUAACCAUGCCAAUUAUUUUGCAGAGAGAAAAUUUACAGAUCUGCCGGAAAACUAUGUUUACAGGUUACAAGUGGUGAUUUGCCAAAAAGGAUGUGAUGGCAACUGGUUCGCCUUUUUUCUUAAAAAUACAUAAGUCAUUAUACAGGAGAUAGAUGUCCAGUUAUGUCUCACCAUUUAUCAUGGUUAUGACAUUUCCCUUUAUAAAGGUCCUAAUAUAUACCAUUAGGUACAGAUAUGUAUACAUUUGGUACCAAUAUGUACCUUUGAGGUACUAAUAUGAACUCUUUAGGUACAAAAAGGGUACAGCCCCAGUAACAGCUAGGGUCCAUAUGUUGACAAUUUCUUCAGAUCGUGUAUCCAUUUAAAAGUGUUUCCUAAAACAAAUGCAAAACCAUUUUAUCAUAAACACAACAUUGAUGGAAUAAAGAUGCAACAAUACAGUUAAUUCUUGUUAUACAUUCUCCCUUCCUACAGCUUAACUUUGUUUUUUAUGAAAUAAGGCUCCUGCAGUCUUUAAAGAGAACACCUAAUGGUGCAUUCACACCAGCCGCGGUAGAGGCGGCAAAAACGCGCUAUUCGCGCGUAGUUGGACGCUUGAACAUUUGAGUUUACUCGCUUCAUUUGCGUGUGAAAUUCGAGUCAUUCGAGACAUUCAUGCGGAAAUUCGCAUCAUGGGAGGGGCUUCUGCGACUCGGCUCGCUUCCUGUAAUCACGUCACUACUACAGCAAGGUCCUGAUUGGUAAACACGGCGCGGAAAUCCCCUAAGAUUUUUCACCUUGCGCGUUUCCCCUGGCAACGCUCAAUUCGCGACGCAGGAUGCCUAAUCUUGUCUUUGCAUUAACUUAACAUGUAAAUCACUCGUGCUUGCCGCCUCUACCGCGUCUGGUGUGAACCCUGCAUAAAGGAGGUUUUAGAUAUUUAGGGAUGUUUUUUGUUCUUGCCGUGACAGGAACAUUCUAGUCGCUAAAAAUACAAGUUGAUAAUGCUAUCGGCAAUAAAAUUACACAAACUCAACCGGCCACACUUCUGAAAAAACGAAACAAAAGAUUUGCAAGUUCUGUCGUUACCAAUAGAGCUCAAGGAAUAGUUAGCUAAACAUGCUUUUGGAAAACACAGCCCUGGAUCUCACAGGAAUUCAUACGUAUUUUACGAGUCGGCAAAAUUGUAUUAUUUCGUAAGAAGCUAAUAGUACAAAAACGUACGAUUGUUAUAAAAAACAAUAAUGAAACCUCACCCCUAACGUCAGGGGGCAAAAGCAAAGCGUAAAAAAAUUACGAAUGUGGUCAUAAGAAUUAGGCCACCUCUAAUACGUACAAAUUGUCGUGAGAUUGCGAAACCGCCCACAAAUUUUAGUACAAAUUUGAGUAUCGAGUCCAAAAACAGAACACUUUUGAAUAAACAUACAGUAUAACAACCAUCUGUUUUCAAUCAAGUCCAUCUGGCCUUAUAUAAGAGUGUUUCUAGACAUUUACAAGGAAAAUAUUAAUUAAAAAUUAUAGUCGCUGGUUGCUAAUAAAACCAAAACAUUGUCUACUUUAGAAGUCGAGUUCCUUCACAUUUCCUUAAUUUCGAAAGCUAUACUUUCACAACGUGACAGUGAAGGGUGUAUCGUAACGGAGUAAAAAGAGAAAAAAAAUACUUGAAGGGCAGAUGUUUGCAACAGAUGCUAAGAAUAAAUAAUUUCAAUUAUAGCUUAAUUGGCAACCAUCCUAGACAGUCCAAGACACAACGCAUGUGGUAAACUGACUUUUAUAAGCUUCAUAUAAAUCAUUUUAAUGUUUAUUGUGAAAUAUUUCAAAAUAAAAACCCUGGCAAUGACUAACAAUAGACAAGACACUCAGGCAUUUUUAAAGAAUCCCCCAAUGUAAGAAAAUAAAGCGUUGGGCAUUUAAAUGGGCUCAGGAUUACAAGCUGUCGGACUGACAAUAAAAAACGACCACACUCGUACAUCUGAUUCAUACAAAUGUGUUUACAUUCAUUAGCCAACACUUUGUUGUUUUUGUUUGGUGAGGUGUGUUUUAACACGAGUGGGGAUAUGUUUUCUGUUUCAAAUGUAAAAAUAUAAAAUAAAAAAGUAGCAGGAUCGGUAAAACUGCGACUUUCAUUUUUAUGGGACACUGACGCCGAAAGGCAUAUUGGGUCUUUUCCAUCAAUAGCGUGUCUGUUGAGUACCUAAAGAAAAAAAAUUGUAAAAAAAACACUAAAGAAAAAGAAAAUCCUGGAAAAUGUUAAAACUGUGGAAUGUAAUAUCAUUACAAAAUAAAAUCUCAUUGUUGUGUUCA